GCCUGCCUUCCCCUUCUCCCCGGCGAGCUCGCGAUCAGAUCCUGGGACCGGCGCGCCAGGCAGCUCGCUGCGCAGCGCCUCGGCCGCGCCGUCGGAAGAGGAGGCGGCGGCGGCGGCGAGGAGGGCGAUGCAGAAGCCGGCCGGCCAGAAGGAGCGCCUCUACAAGCUGCUGGUCAUCGGCGACCUGGGCGUGGGCAAGACCAGCAUCAUCAAGCGCUACGUCCACCAGAACUUCUCGCCGCACUACCGCGCCACCAUCGGCGUCGACUUCGCGCUCAAGGUGCUCAGCUGGGACCCGGAGACGGUGGUGCGGCUGCAGCUGUGGGACAUCGCGGGUCAGGAAAGGUUUGGGAACAUGACGCGAGUCUAUUACCGAGAAGCUAUGGGAGCGUUUAUCGUCUUUGAUGUGACGAGGCCGGCAACCUUUGAAGCGGUCACCAAGUGGAAGGAGGAUUUGGACACUAAGCUGAGUCUCCCCAAUGGCAAACCGGUGCCGGCGGUUCUCUUGGCAAACAAAUGCGACCAGGGCAAAGAGCUGCUGGUGAACAAUGGCAUCAAGAUGGAGCAGUUCUGCAAAGAGAAUGGCUUUGUGGGAUGGUUCGAAACGUCAGCAAAGGAAAACAUAAACAUUGACGAAGCUUCCAGGUGCUUGGUGAAACACAUCAUUGCUAGCGAGAGCGACCCAGUGCAGCCCAUCGAACCCGAUGUUGUCAAACCGCACUUGAAUUCCUCCAAGCUCGUCAGCUGCUCAGCUUGCUUUAAGUCCUAAGUAACUUCCGAGCUGUUUGUGGACAAUGGAACUGAGCAAAUAACUCACGAGAGAAAAGCGUCUCCACGUAGCCCAGCCUUUGCUACUCCAGAACACGAAACCAAGAUCAGGAAAUUCGCAUUCUUCCCCAACAUGUGGUUGAAAAAAAUAUAUAUAUCAAAGUUGUUGCUUUAAA